AUGGGGCAGCCACACUUCUCCAGACCGGUAAAUCCAGAUGCAGCCGAAGAGGUGGAUCAUGCCCCAGGUGAUACCGGCAUGGGGGUAGAUGUUUUGGAAUCAGGUGACGCCACACCUCCUACAAAGAGGAAAAGCAAGUUCUCAAGCUUUGGCAAGAUCUUCAAACCCUGGAAGUGGAGGAAAAAGAAAAGCAGUGACAAAUUUAAGGAGACUUCGGAAGUUUUAGAACGAAAGAUUUCUAUGCGAAAGCCAAGAGAGGAGCUGGUAAAAAGAGGGGUUCUGUUGGAAGACCCUGAGCAGGAUGGUGAAGACCCAGAGAAGCUGAACCCACCUGCACUGAAGAAUGGCCACACAGUCCCCAUUGGUGGUCCUGGGGUGGCCAGCCAGGAGGAAGAGGCCACAAAGCCAUCCAGCCUUAGGAAGCCUGUUCCAGUGGAGGAACCAAAGAAGAGGCAGGGCUCCUCCAGCAGCCACUCUGGGCCUGAACUGGAACAACCUCAGGAGCCACAUGUUCCCAGACAGCCUCUGCUUCCUCCCAAAAGACCUCCCUCUACUUCCCAGGAGGCAAACGAAGUGCAGGCGAAGGACCCAACGUCUGCCAGCAGCACUGCAAAGACUGUGCCCUCCACCACAGCCCCCACUGCAGCAAAGACACUCAAUUCCACAGCUGCCCCUUCCCCAGCCCCCAGGACUCUGUUCCCUGCUCCUGCCAGUGCCAACACUACUGCUCCCACCAGUACAACCAGCACAGCUCCUGCCAAACAGCCUCCUGUCCCUCCUCCCAAACCUGUCAACAGAAAUAGCAACUCACUAAUAGCUGAACUUUCCCAAGCGAUGAACAGUGGUACAACCUUGUCCAAGCCUUCCCCUCCUCUCCCUCCGAAGAGAGGACUCCUGCCCAACAGCACGUCAGAGGUUGUCACCUCUAAGCCCCCGAACGACAGGACAGUGACAGGGAACCGCCCUGCACCACUCCCUCUGCACAUGCCCUCAGCUUACCCCCCACCCUCACCCUCACCACCACUGCCCACACACGUACCCCCCGAGCCUCCACGCAUGCCCCUGCCCACCUCCACCCCUGUCCCGGACCCUCCACGCUCCCUGGACCUGCCCAAAGAGACUCAUCCUCCUCCUCCUCCACCACCUCGGACAACAGAGCAAGGGUUUGGUGAGCCUCACGUGCUGCCUCGCCUGCCCCAAAUCCCACUGCACAUCCGUAUCCAGCAGGCUCUGGCCAGUCCCCUGCCUGUCACUCCCCCUCCCGAUGGGUCACAACACAGGGCUCACUCGCUGCUCUUCGAGAAUGAUGGCUUUGGAGAGGACAGUGGCACCCUGGGCAGGACGAGGUCUCUGCCUGUCACCAUCGAGAUGCUGAAAGUUCCAGACGAUGAGGAAGAGGAAGAAGAUGACCAGGAAGAGGAGCAGAAUUCAGGUCCUCGUGUAUAUAUUGGAGAUGUGCCAUCUGUCACAGUCAUCCCCAAACUGGUACCCCAGGUCCUGCCAGAGGAGCAGGAAGGAGAUGAAGGGAUGAGCGACUCUGACUCGGAGGGACCUGUCCUGUACAAAGAUGAUGAGGACGAGGAAGAAGAUGAAAGCCAUAACAGCACUCUGGCAAACAGAGUGAAGAGGAAAGACACGCUGGCUAUAAAGCUGGGGAACGUAACGGCACCGCAGGAGGAGAAGAGUAAAGCAAGGAGGAACGAAAUCCGGCAGCAGAUUGGGACAACGCUGAUCAGGCGACUGAGCCAGAGACCAACCCCAGAAGAACUGGAGCAGAGGAACAUACUGCAGCCGAAGAAUGAAGCUGACCGCCAGGCUGAGAAGCGCGAGAUCAAGCGGCGCCUGACGAGAAAGCUUAGCCAAAGGCCUACGGUGGCAGAGCUGCAGGCCAGGAAGAUCCUGAGGUUCAACGAAUAUGUGGAAGUAACAGAUGCUCAGGACUAUGACCGGCGAGCGGAUAAGCCAUGGACAAAGCUAACACCAGCUGACAAGGCUGCCAUCAGGAAGGAGCUGAAUGAGUUUAAGAGCUGUGAAAUGGAAGUGCAUGAGGAGAGCAAGCAGUUCACCAG